AUGAAAAAAAUCCAGUGCUUGUCCGAAGUCAUUGCUGUAGCAGACUUGAGUCGCAAAAGGAGACUUAGGCGGAAAUAUUUCCUCCUUCCUCAGGCAACGAACGUAUAUAUUGUGGAUGUGAAUGACAACAUACCCACCUUCAGUGAGCUCGAGUACUACGCUGAGAUUGACGAGCUGAGUGAAGAUCAUUUUCUCUCCAUCGACAUAUUUGGAUUGCAUGGAACCUUCACCCUGACUUCCGAUAAGCCAGACGACUUAGUGAUAUCUCCAAGCCAAGGAAUGGGGAAUGAGACACUCUCUCUCAAGGCGAGGUGGCGUGGCGAUGAUACAGUAUUCGAUUAUGAGAAGACACAAGAUAACCUCACGUUUACGUUAAUAGCAACUGAAAUAAGUAAUCCAUCAAACGUCGGCACAGCCACCCUCGUCGUGAAGAUCAAUGACGUGAAUGACAACAGUCCAGUUUUCUUGGAAAAUGCAUACAACGUCGACGUAAUGGAAACGGAGGAAAUGGGCUUCCUUGUGACCACCGUGAAGGCAACGGACAAGGACAUAUCACCGGAAUUCGGCACAGACAGUAUCAGAUAUUCAUCGACGUGUGAGGAUAAACUGCUUGUCGACCCGAUAACUGGUGACGUCACUCUUGCGGACGACAAUGUUCUUAAUUAUGAAUCAAAGACAACGCUACAGUGUAAUAUAGAAGCCCGUGACCUCAGUGGAGAUUCAACAGGGAGAGGCGGCACCACCAAGGUCAAAAUUACGGUCAUUGAUGUUAUAGACGAGCAGCCUUCCAUAAAGCAACCUGACGAAGUGACCAUAUUAGAAAAUUCUGCUGAGGAUACGCCAGUAGGCCAACCUGUAAGGGCAACGGACGCAGAUGAAGGCGCCAACAUCGUCAUCUCCAUUGACUCGACAAAGACUAAAGCAUAUUUACAAAAUAACGAAGUCAACCCUGACAUCGUGAAUGAUUGGUUUAAAAUAUCAACAACAACUGUCAACACAGAUGACUACAGCGCCGUGGUGUAUGUUGGGAGUAGCAACCCAGACCGUGAAAAAGCAGACAGAGUGGAAUUGUCCAUUGUGGCCACAGAUACCAGCACUCAGUCGGGCACUAGCUAUACAUCCACUAUUUUCACUAUCAACAUCGAGAAUACGAAUGAUGAAUUGCCAUUCUUCACCGAUGACUACACCAAACAGCAAGUGAGGGAAGAGGUCCCUGGGGGAACGCUCAUCGCCAAGCUCCUUGUCAACGACUACGAUCUCGACGACACCAUUGACAUGACAAUUAGUGACGACAGCUUGGUGAGGGUCGUCAUGGAAAACAACGACUUCAAAACAUGGAACCUGGAAGUCUCCCCGGGAGCAAGAAUUGACAGGGAGAAACAGGCGGAAAUAAUUGUAACCGUGACAAUCACAGACAGCAAUGGAGCUUCAGAUGAAAUGGAGAUUACAAUCAGCAUCAUAGACAUUAACGACAACACCCCAGUCAUAGACGAAUGCAUCCAUGAGGUAGAGGUUGCCGAGGAUGAGCUCACUGGCUAUCACGUUGCAGACGUUAAGGCCAGUGAUACCGACAUAGGAGCUCACGGUAAUGUUAAAUAUUACCUCUUCAAUGACCAGCUCGGCAUGCCCUUCGCUGUCAACAACGUAACAGGUGCCGUGACAGUGCUGUUGGAGGAUAACCUGCGGGUGCUGGACAGGGAGAUGAGAGCAAGUUGGGAUCUCGCCGUCUACGCCAACGACGGUUGCGAGGACGGGGAGGUCGACUGCCAGAUAAAGAUCAGUGAUUCUUGCAACAUCAUAGUGACGGUCACCGACUGCGCCAAUAAGCCCAAACGUUAA